AUGGGCACGGGCUCUAAGAGCACCGCUCCGACAGAGACGCCGAGCGCUGCUCCUGCGGCCGUUGUCGCCAAUAAUGCACCAACUGCAUCGCCCUUGCACCACACAGGUCCAUCCCAAGUCCCUCCGCGCAAAAAGGACGCCCGUAAGACGUCGCAUGCGGCCUCUGGAGGCACAAGCGUGAGCAUGAGCAAGAAAGCGGCGGACGGCAGUUUGGACGCGCUGGGCGGCGCUGCCGGCCUCUCCAGUGGCGAUCUGUUUGCCCGUAACUUGUCUGCGAUGAGUGUGGCGCACGUGGCCAAAGGCGUGGGCUUUGACGCCGUGCAAAAGUCGGCCGCCGACGCGCUCUCGGAGAUCCUCGCGAAGUAUAUUCAACGCCUGGGAGGAGCGGCGAAGGACAUGGCCGAGCUGGCUGGACGGACUCAAGUGAAGGCAACGGAUCUGGUCCAAGCACUUCAGGACCUGGAACCAAGUGCCGUGGACAUGAAGGACCUGGUCAAGACUUUAGGCACUGCCAAGAGACCGUUUCCAAGAGAUGUACCGGCUUUUCCAGCUCGAAAGCGAGAUGUCUCAAGCUCGACCAUGGAGCAGACGAAGAUUGGACGACGGGAGCAAUUGCCGCCUCACGUGCCGAGUUUUGUGCCGCCGCUGCCGAAUCGUCAUACGUACAGCUCCGAGAGUCGACUGGUGGUGGAGAGAGAGCAAGAUACGAAACGGCAGCGGCUCGAGCUGAUCAGUGAAAAGGCUCAAGUGCGGCAGUCGCUGCAUGGCCUUCAGACGGUGGCUGCUAAACGAUCAGCUGUUAGUGUGCACCAGCCAACGUGGAAUGCAUUUCAAGGGUCGACAGGAGAUAGCGCUACGGGGAACCCGUUCGUGCAAGCACCAAUUGUCAGUCCGAAUGCCAAGUCUAUUUUCACCUGCCAAGAUCGUCAGUUUGUACCGAAAGUGGAGAGAAACACGGCACAGUCCAAAAAUCAGCUGAACAACAACGUGACUAUUCCGAAGCUGUCGAGCCAAGAAAUAGGCAAAGAAGAAAAGAUUUUAUCGGGCACUUUUCACGACGGCGACUCCGAGUAA